AUAGCAUAGUAGCCGGACUCAAAUUAUUUGACCAAUAAAUAUAAAAUUUACACUUAAUUUUUAAAUAUUGUCUAAGAUGCAUGUGUGACGCAUCUUGCGAAUUGAGUUGCGAUGAGGUGGAGAGUUUUUGCUUGAUUUGCGCAAGCUAAGCUAGUGCGCAAAGCUCCAUUUGUCCCUCAUAAUAUACUAAUUAACAGGAGCUAGCUAGCACAUGGAUAUCGUCAGUUGCCACAGCUAGCCUACAGGUGUAGAGUUUGCAUUUGUAUCUGGGCACUACACAUGGCAAAGAAGACCAAAAAGAUUAAUUUAUUUGAAAGAUCUAUCAUAUUUGCCUUUUUUAUAAUAUUAUUAUUCAAUACUUAAAGAUUCGGCCGUUCAUAUUAACAAUAAGUAUAGAUCCCGUUUGAACAGGAUCGGUCUGAUCCCUAUUAUAUAAUUUGCUCUUGCAUUGAUGUGGUACGCAUUGACGUUGGAUCGAUAGGGAGAUAUUUAAGAAUUAAUAUUAUUUUGCCGAUUAAAUCACCUCUGUAUCAUUAUGUUAACAUGAUUAAUUUUUACAUUUACUGUUAUAAGAUAAUUCCUCGUGAAGCAUGAGCCACGUUAUUUAAACUCCAAGUUGAUCAUCGAAGAGAAUAUGGGAAUGGCUGUAUAAAGAAGCCAUUAGCUAGCUAAUAGCAUCUUAGCCAAACAAAUUGAGGAACCACAAUCCCCUACUAGUGUGUGUUUGUGUUGAGAUUGAGAAAGAUUGAGAGAUGGGUUCUAUGGGAUCUGAUCACAAGCCCCAUGCAGUGUGCAUCCCCUACCCGGCGCAGGGCCACAUAACGCCCAUGUUGAAGGUGGCCAAGCUCCUCCACUCCCUCCAUGGAUUCCACAUCACCUUCGUCAACACCGACUACAACCACCGCCGCCUCCUCCGCUCGCAGGGCCCCGCUGCCCUCGAUGGCCUUCCCGAAUUCCAAUUCGUCACCAUCCCCGACGGCCUCCCCCCCUCUGAUGACGACAGCACGCAGGACAUCCCCUCCCUCUGUCGAUCCACCAUGACCACCUGCCUCCCCCACUUCCGCAAACUCCUUGAGGAGCUCAACGACACAUCCACAAGCCUCCCGAAGGUGACCUGCGUCAUCUCCGAUUGCGUCAUGAGCUUCACGUUGGACGCCGCGAGGGGGCUUGGCGUCCCUAUUGCUUUCUUCUGGACCGCGAGUACUUGUGGCUUCAUGGGCUACUUCCACUACAGGCACCUCAUCGACGAGGGCAUCAUUCCGCUCAAAGAUGCGAGUCAAUUCACCAACGGGUACCUCGACACCGCAAUCGGCUCGGUCCCCGGAUUAAAGAACAUGAGGCUGAGAGACUUCCCAAGCUUCCUCCGUACGCUGGACCCCGACGAGUUCAUGGUGCACUUCAUCCUGCGGGAGAUGGAGCGCGCCACCAUGCCGGACGCCAUCAUUGUCAACACGUUCGACGAUUUCGAGCGCCGGGCGCUCGAAGCCAUGGCGGCGAUCCUUCCGCCCAUCUACACCGUCGGCCCCCUCCCCCUCCUCGCCCGCCGCAUCCCCCACGGUCCACUCAGCUCCGUGGGUUCCAACCUGUGGAAGGAGGAGCCCGCAUGCUUAAAAUGGUUGGAAGACAAAAGGCCCGGGUCCGUUGUCUACGUGAACUUCGGUAGCAUAACGGUCAUGACCAACCAGCAACUGAUAGAGUUCGCGUGGGGGCUCGCGAACAGCGAGCACGAGUUUCUGUGGAUCAUCAGACCCGACCUCGUUAAGGGCGACACCGCGGUGCUCCCGCCGGAGUUUGUAGAAGGGACGAAGGAGAGGGGGCUCAUGGCGAGCUGGUGCCCGCAGGAGGAAGUGCUUCGCCACCCCGCGGUGGGCGCGUUCCUGACGCACAGCGGGUGGAACUCAACGCUAGAGAGCGUGUGCGGUGGCGUUCCGAUGCUGAGCUGGCCCUUCUUUGCAGAGCAGCAGACCAACUGCAGAUACGUGUGCACGGAGUGGGGUAUAGGGAUGGAGAUCGACAACGACGUGAAGCGGAAGGAGGUGGAGGGGUUGAUAAGAGAGAUCAUGGGAGGCGAGAAGGGGAAGGAGAUGAAGAGGAGGGCCAUGGAGUGGAAGGAGAUCGCCGUGGAAGCGACGCAGGAGGGUGGUCCCUCUCUUGUAAAUCUCAAGAGGUUGGUCCACGAGGUACUUUUGGCGAAGAAGGGCGCUGUGUAAACUGUAGCACUUGUCCCAGAACCUGCUCUACAACAUCAUAUGAGGACCAGUCAAUUGAGCGGCCCUUUUUUUAUUUUUAUUUUUAGUUUUUAAAUUAGCUCGGAUCUAAAGUAGGGGUGACAAUCCAGCUCGCUGUUCAUGAGUCAGUUCAUGUUCGGC